UAAAUGCGGUGAAGUAGUGGACAGCAGGCAGCUCCAAUAGAUUUAGCGCAAUGGAGCAACACGAGCAUGUGUCCGCUUUGGCUUGUCGCUUCCAGGGAAUGCUUUAACGCGGUUAUCAUGAAACGUCUCGCGGGAGAGCACAGCACUGGAAUUUUUACGAGAGAAUGAGCGAGUCUCGCGCAGUUAAAGAUUUGGCAACGCCGGUCUCCAGAAAGCACCGACUCAUGGCCGCGGUCCUUCCCGGGGAUGAGAGCGCGCUGACCGGCUGCGGUGCCCGACCGGAGCAUAACGGUAUCUGCCUAGUGUACUGUUUCAUCUGCGGCGGAGGAGUCACUCCCGGAAAGGAACUGAAGCUGCAAGUGAAACAGCAGCGAGAGAACCUUCCUUUUUUCCCGUUUCUGCAGCACCAAGAGCCGGCCCCUGGGGCCGAAGAGGUCUCCCCCGAUGGAUGCGUAUUAGUUUGCGCUGUUUGCCAGUGUUUUCUCGGAGAGCAGUGGAACUCAUUUGAACGGAGCAGGACGCCUAUUGAGAAGCGUAUGUACUGGCUUAAGCGCCCCUACCAGUGCGACUCGAGGAGGGUCCCGCAGGAAUGGAACAUUUCUUACGACCAGGAGAGGAGGAUCAGCGUGAGUAGCCAGCACUUUGACGCGCCUGAUUCGGACUUGUCAUCCCUGUCAGACAACGAAAACGUUUCAGAUCAGGACAUCGAAUCCACAGAGGGGCCAGUUUCGGGUAGAGAGAAGAGCGCACGCCACUUCGGCAGGGUUUUAAAAGAGGGGCAGUUCCGGGGCGACGAUGAUAAGAGCCAGUCUGAUGUCCACGUGCGCGGCCGCUACUUUAUGGAUGGGCGCCCGGUUGACAUUGCAGCCUCGGCAAACCGCUCCUUGCAAGCACUGAAUCGGGCCACUCCGUCAUCUGGUUCGCUGGCCCAAGUCCACGACUUUAUCCCCAGGCGCUCUUAUGACAGUCCGCCUGCCCAAACACAUGCGCAGGAUAACGGGAUUAUUACGUGCAACAGGCAGUGGUUCCCCGAAGAGAAUGCUAGGCAUCCCGUUUGCCGGCAGCGCUUUGAGGACGCCAGCUGCACAGCAACGGACUCUUUGCCUUUACGCAGCAGCACUGCCAAGCCCACGGCUGUUACUGAUCCACUCCCUGCAUUGUCACCUGUCGACUCCUCGGGUGUGGGCGAACGUCUCAACAAGGGGGAGCCGAGUACGUCUGACAGUACUCACUUAGGCUAUACUGAUUCAGACGAUAACGAAAUAAAUAUUACCAGUGAUGACGACCAAGAAGUGUUUGAAGCAGUUAAGGGCAGAGGGCACGUGUUAGCGCUCAACAAGCAGAUACGCGAGUCAGGCAGCGUCAUCUCAGCCCCCCGGGGCAGCUCAGCAGUCCCGGAGCGGGUGUGCUUUAUAUGCGGAAGUGUGUUGACGCAGAAUAACCAGCAUAAGGUGUUUGUGCAGAAGCAAGAGAGGACCUCAAGUGAGCCCUUUUUUCCUUUUCUGUGGCUCCACACUGCACCCCAGGGUGCCCUUCCCCUCAGCCCUGGUGGGUUCACCCUGGUAUGCUCAUGUUGCCACUCCUCACUCAUGCAGCAGUGGCAGAGCUUCGAGCUUGCCAGUGUGCCAAUUCUACAACGCCUUUAUGUGGUGCCACUGAACACAAGUACCUCAGGAGUUACCCUCAGUGAAAGUUCGAACCACAAGUUGGACAAAGCUGUGCUCCUUGAAGCCUGCUAUCUCUGUGGAGAAGACUGCUCCAAAGGUGUUAAAGUGGUCUACUCUAAGUGUUUCCCUGAUAACUCCAACAGUGUUAUGCACUUUCCCUUUAUUAACAUGCUCCCCUGCCCGCCUAAUGCCAGGGAUGAUAAGAAUGGCAGGGUUCACAGCUGUCUAACAUGUUUUAAUGUCUUGGAGGAGAUAUGGGGUGAAUACAAGGCAAGUGCAAAUGAGGCUCUGAUCACAUCUGUGAAUGCAUUUCUUAGUAGAUACCAUCAGAGUGUCACUAGAACAGCUGGUCAGGUCAGUUGCCUGAGUUACCAGCCAUCAAGGAUGGGGCACACCUCCAUUUGUUACCUGUGUGGGGCAGAUCUCUCAGCAGGCACAGAGUUCCAGCUUAAUGUCAAUCCACCGGGCCGCUGUGGAGAGAGGGAGCCUUUCUUUCCCUUUUUGACUGUCCACCCCCCUGCUCCACGCGCAAAGCCUGCUGACUCCACCGGCCUGGUGUCCACAUGUAUUCUGUGCUACCAUGACCUGUUGAGUCAGUGGAUUCAGCAUGAAGGAAAAUCUGGCCAGCCGGCAAGCAGUCCCUGGUCUCGUCAGUAUAGCGUGGAGACAUUUGUGUGUUUCUUUUGCCGUCAGGAGAAGAGACGGUGCUUGGGCUUAAAAUCUGUUCACGUUGCUCGGCUUCCUGUGUUUCUCUAUGCCCCAAGAGUUAGCAACACUUUGGUGGUGGAUGAUGGGAAAAAACUGACCAUUGGAUCAUGUGUGGAAUGUAAAGCAGUGGUAUUAGCUGGCCAGAAUAUGACACAGAAUUGCCUGUUGGAUGGAGAUUCCCCUUCUAGUAAGCACAAGGCUUUGCCUUCUACUCUAGAAGUGCCAUCAGGGUCCCGAAAAUUGACUGAGGUGCCAGUUCGCCCAGCUUUGGAGGAGACAGGCGAAGCAGCAAGGCAAGGAGGGCCUGGAGUCAUCACAGAGGCUUCUGUUGCCAUCACCGUGGAUGAAGACAGUUCAGACAGCCAGCCAACAAAUAACUGCACCAGUGAGUGCAAAGCAGGAACCCACCCUGGACAGGGCACCAACCAAUCAGAUGCAGACUCAGUCACACCAGGCAUGAGCCAUGAGCCAAAGUCACCUUCGUUAGGAAUGAUCUCCGCCACAACUCGGACCACAGCCACAGUCAGUCCUCUCACCCCUUCCCCUAUUGUGCCCAAUGGAAGCCCUGUCACAAACAGCACCUUGUCUGUCCAGUCUGCACACUCCUCCAGUUUUGCGGCUGCACUGCGAAAACUUGCCAAACAAGCCGAAGAGCCAAGAGGAUCAUCAAUCAGCAGUGAGUCUUCACCAGUGUCCUCUCCAGCCACAAAUCACAGUUCUCCAGCCAGCACACCCAAGAGAGGUCCCAUGGGUCCAAUAAUCGUGCCGCCUGGGAGCCACAGUGUGCCAAGCACCCCUCCUGUUGUUACCAUCGCACCUACCAAAACCGUUAAUGGGCUCUGGAGGAGUGAGGGCCGACAGGCAGAAUCAGCAUCCCGGGGAAGCAGUCGGGAUCGUCUAGGCCCAGAACCUACCUUGCAACAGGAAAAAGGUGGGCCUUCAAUUCCCACGCACCUCCUUGGAAACCAUUAUGCCUUUGGACUAGCCCCAAAUGCAGUUGUGCAGGAUUCUCGCUUCCAAACUUUGAACCUUCCACGGCAGGUUCAUCAUGUUCCAGAGGACUACCUCCGUAGCUUCAGGCCCUAUGGGGCUCACGAGGAACUCAGAAUGCCAUCCCUGCCACCCCUGGGUUUGGACCCAGCUGCUGCAGCUGCUGCAGCUGCCUACUAUCAUCCUAACUAUCUGGCACCACCGCCCUUCUCUGCUUACAGGAUGGAUGACUCAUUCUGCCUAUCUGCCUUGAGGCCUUCCUUCUACUCAAUACCAACACCUGGUUCCUUACCUCCACUACAUCCUUCUGCUGUCCAUGUGCACCUGCCUGGGGUGCGCUACCCUAGCGAGCUGUCACACUCUCUUUCUUUACAGUCUGAGCGGAUUUCGGGACUCACUGCAGAACGGCUUCAACUUGAGGAAGAACUGCGACAACGUGAGAGAGAACGAGAAAGAGAGCGAGAAAGGGAAAGAGAAAGAGAAAAGGAAAGAGAGCGUGAAGCUGAAAGAGAGAAAGAAAGGGAGCGAGAACGAGAGCGUGAGCGUGAACGAGAGAAAGAGUUGGAGAGGGAACGGGAAAAAGAACGGGAACGUGAGCGUGAGGCUGAACGGCAGAAGGAAAGAGCCCGUGAAAAAGAAUUGCAAGCUUCAAAAGCCCUUGAGAACCAUUACUUAGCUGAUCUCCAGGCCCUGCGCGGCCAGUCUGCUGAGGACAGAGCCAAACCCGUUGAGAGGCUGACGCCAAAUAGGCCUGAGAAAAUCAAAGAGCAAGCACUGCCUACUCCAAAACAGAAUCAGCCAGGCCUCCACCAGCCCCCUGUGGCCUCUUCUCAUCACUCACUACCUAGUCUCAUAUCCAGCCAUGGAGGUUUCUUGCCACAUGCCAGUGCAGCAAGUGUUGGUAGCACACCCACAGGGGCCUUAGCAGCUUCUCUGCUGCUACAACGCAACAAUGAAGAAGAGAAAUGGUUGGCACGACAGAGAAAAUUACGUCAAGAAAAAGAAGACCGCCAGUACCAAGUUUCUGAGUUUCGCCAGCAAGUCCUAGAACAGCACCUUGAUGUCGGGAGGACAAAUGAGGGUGAUCAACGGGCCGAAAGCCAUCGGCCUGUUACAAACCACCAUGAGCCAAACAGCCGGGACAUCCUGCAACAUCUAGGAGCUCCACCUCCCCUCAUCUCUCCCAAGCCACAGCACAGGGAUCAUCCACCGCCCCCACCUACUACACUGUGGAACCCUGCCUCCCUUAUAGAAAACAGCUUAGAAGCACGAAGGGGCCAUGAGAGCAUUGCUCCUGGUCACUAUGAACAUAGCUGCCAAACAGUGCCCCUGUCUAAAGGAGAGAGGCAACACAAUUCUGAAAAGCCAGAUGAGAACAACAAGAGAAAAGAGACCGAGAAAUAUCCUGUGGUCCGAGGAUCAGGGUCCCUAGAGCCAGGGGGACAUUCCUAUGGCCCCUUUCUGGCAGAGCUGGAAAAGUCAACCCAGUCUAUUCUCAGCCAACAGAGGGCCUCUUUGCAUUUGCCUCACCAGUUCAGUGACUUGAGUACAUCGCAUAAAUCAUGCCCCAAUUACAGGAACCCACCGGAGUUGUUGCAGGGCCUGGACAAUAUGCUUGUUUAUGAUGAGUUUAUACAGCAGCACCGAAGACUCGUUAGUAAACUGGAUUUGGAAGAAAAGAGGAGAAGAGAAGCCAGGGAAAAAGGCUAUUACUACGACUUGGAUGACUCGUACGAUGAAAGCGACGAGGAGGAGGUGCGAACUCACCUUCGGCGAGUCGCUGAACAGCCGCCACUCAAACUUGAUGACUCCUCUGAGAAGUUGGAAUUCCUUAAGAUGUUUGAUUUAACAACACACCAGCGCAAGGAAGAGCUGCUACAGCUGAAAAGAAGGAAAAGGAGAAGAAUGCUGCGAGAGAGGAGUCCUUCACCUCCUGCUGUUCAAAACAAAAGACAGACGCCUCCUCUCCCCCUGUUAAGCACUCGCUACACCGCUGACCAGAUGAACUGUGCCCCUGAACUUGAGGACAAAAAGAAGUUCCUCACCAUGUUCAGCCUCUCCCAUGUCAAUUCACAACAGAGGAAAGACAAUGAAAAGGUUGUAGAGCUACUGCAGGCAAUAAAAACGAAGAACGUAACACUAGAAUCCAUCAAGCAUGCUUCCCGCCCCGUGUGUAGGAGCCCCACUACUUCACAAACUGUGGAUCAGGUUGCACAUCAUCCAGGACAGGAAUCAGAAAAGCUAUCUACUACUCUGGCGCCUAUCCCACCUCUUCUAGAUUCUCAAAAGCAUGUAGACUCAAGUUGGGCUGAACAGAUGAAAACCUCAGAAGUGGCAAGACCAAAGGAAAGCCUUCCUGCACCUUUUAAUGUUGUAGACAAAGAAAAACCAAAUGAAGGGCAUGUUGGGAAAAAAAAUUUAAGUUUGCUUAGUAGUGUUCGAGCACCCCAUGUGACCAAAGAGGUCAACCAAAGCCUCAAUGGUAGGACUAAAAACUGGGAGGCGUUCACAGCUGAAGAAUUUGCUCACCAAUUCCAUGAAUCUGUUCUGCAGUCCACUCAGAAAGCCUUGCAGAAACAGAAGGGGACUACAAUUGGACAAAUCACAGAGAUGCAUCAUAAACUGGACUCUUCAGUUCACUACAACAUUCCAGAGCUCCAGUCCUCCAGCAAGGUUAUGGUGCCCACGCCACAAUUGCAGCAAAAUGGCCAGCAUGGUACUAUACAGUCACGCAAGGAGUUGGCACAUGAGGAAGAGGAGGAUGAAGACUCUGAAGAUUUAGAGGAAGAAGAGGAGGAGGAAGACUCUCCACGACCAAAAUGGCAUGGAAUUGAAGCUAUUUUUGAGGCUUAUCAAGAGUACAUUGAUGAGCAAAGUAUCGAGCGGCAGGUGCUUCAGACCCAGUGCAGGAGGCUGGAGGCUCAUCACUAUAAUCUCACCCUAACAGCAGAGCAGCUCUCGCACAGUAUGGGGGAACUCGUGACUCAAAAACAGAAGCUUUCGUCAGAAAAGGAGAAACUUCAGGCAGAAUUGGACCACUUACGAAAGUGCCUUGCACUACCGCAGAUACACUGCUCUAGAGGUUAUUUCAAGGGGUAUCCCCCAAGGUGACAUCCCUCUACCCUGUGUCCCCAUAGUAGGAAAAAAAAAAAAGUUUAUUUUAUUACUUGGAAUUAUUUAAUGAAAAAAAAAAAAAAUUCUGCAGAAGACUGAAGCUGCAACAAUGGAAACAAAUAUGUGCCAUGCAUGUAAACAUCCACUCCAUGACAGUUUGCCUGGUGGUGGACAUGGACCAGUGACACCAGGAAAUCCUCCACUGAAGAAAACGGCAAGUUUUGCACUCUUGCCAGUGUCAGGUGACGUGACUGUGAGCAGGCGUCGGUUGGAUAGAGCGCCCUCAAUUCUGUUGCCAUAGCAUCCUCAGGAGACAGAGGCCUUGAUUCUGAUGCAGUGCCGUCCGUCGUGGGUUGGGUUAGGUUUAGUUCUGCGUAAGAGCCAUGACACCACUUGGCAGUCUAACUGUGCAAUGUAAGCAAAAGAAAAUGUGUCCCUUUUUAUUUUUUUCAGACACUUUGUGUAGCAAACUCUUAUGACGAGUGACCCUGGCUCCUCUCUGGCAGUUUUUAAUAAAGAUUAAAAUACUUGACUUUCAUCCAAAUGGGCUUUUCCACGGGAAAUGCACUUAAGAAAAACCAAGGUGUGACCUUGAGUUAUUGUGUUACAAGCAACACCUUUUUUCAGUUAAGGAAGGAAUAAAUGCAUAUUUUGGAAAGAUUUGAAAUCAGUAAUGUCAGUUAGGCAUUGUUUUAUUACAAUAUAGAAAUUUUGAAAACAGAAGAAAACAAGGGUGCUUAGCCUUGUAAUGUACAUAAUAUUAAAAGAAUUUUGUAUGUUUUUAUUACUUUAAUUAUUGUUUUAAAAGGCCUGCCAUUUUUAAUAUGUUAAUGCUUUUUGGCAAAAAAAAUACCACGCUUUUAGUGUUUGUACUGCUGCUGGUCAGGAUAAAAAAUUUUGAAGUGUUUUAAAAAAUAAAAAAAAAAAAGACAAGCAAAUUUGUUGACUGGCACACUGGUUUGAUCUCAGUGAUGUGCCAGUCGAGACGAGCGUCACAGGAUUACACGUCAGGCGCGGUGCCUGCCUUCCUCCCUCCCUAACUCCGACUCCAAAAGCCUACAGCGUCCGAUUGUGCGUGACGGCGACACUCGGGAUCACUGAGUCGCCAGCGCCACGGACUGGGAUUAGUGCCGCGCCUUGCAUUUGGGGUUUGGUUUUGUUUUUUUAUUUUUUUUGCUAAUAUUGCCAUAAUGGGUGUCUUGAGAAUCGGUGUUCUCAUUCCCAUUUUCCUUUCACGCAGGUGCUCACCCGUUGCAGUUACAGUGCAACACAAUUUUUUAUUUUAUUUUCAUUUAAACCGAGAUGCAUUGCUUGGCAGUGGUAGAUGUACAGACAUUGAGAUGGCAUAUAAAGUGGACCUCAAGCUUCUGAAUGAUCCAUCCAGUCAUCAAUCAUCAAGGCCCUCUUCAUCCAAUUCGGGGUUGCGUUGCAGGCUGAAGCCAAUUUUGGCAGGAACCAACCAUGGAUGGGGUGCCAAGUUAUUGUAGACCACACUUGUUCACCAGUGUAGUGCCUAUCAUUCAGAAAUUUGUCAAAAGGAGCGAGUCUGAGGUAACGCUGGUCCGUUUUUGUGGUGACCAAACUAAUUGAAAGUCCACCUUAAACUGAAGUGCUGGCACAGUGGUGACACAUUACAACAGAUUUUUUAAAAUUGAGGAAGGAUGUAAGACAUAACAAACUCCGCCACCUUCUUGACGGUCAUGUGCACACACUCCUUGUGGUUCCGGUUGUAGUUUUUCCUUUAUUUUCAGACUGUUCCACCUCACGAGUUUGUCGUGAACGCUUCCUCUGAAGGGUGUUGGCAUUUCUAUCACUUCUGACAGAGAGCCGGCCCGGUAUCCGUGUCAGUGCACAAUUCACGGGUGAUUACUUUAAACAAAUCUGGGUGCUGGCGGUCUUUCUCUCCAAGUGUAAGACGUGUUUAUUGUUCUUUUUGUCCUCAUCAGUUCUCAUCUUUAAGUCAACUUUGUACCAAGCAGGUCCUAAUGAAUUCCUUUACCCCCAGCUCACAAGCAGAUGGUGUUUAUGAUGGCCUCGGAUCGUAUACUCUGACCACCGCCCUCCCACCAGAAAUGCAGACCGGUGCCAAGUAACCAAUUCUGCAGUUAUGGUGGUUAGGUUAGCCUUCUCUGUCCCAGCAAGACACAGUUUUGGGGGCUCCUUGAUUUCUUUCUUCAUGUUAGAAUUUGAAACUCAACAAAAAUGGAGUUCACUGUGCCUGCCUAAGAAGACUGAGGAAUGCCUGUGGUGCUCAGAAGUAUUAACCGCGUUUUAGUUCCUGUGUUGUUUAGCUGUUUCUUUUUAGUUGACAGCAUUUCAUAUUCUUUACGUACUUUUAUUCAUGGCUACCUUUUGCUCUCUACUUUCAACUUGUCACAUUUCUUGCCCGCACCGGUCUCUUCUCAGAAGGGUCACAUGCGCCAUUAGGACUGACUCGCUGGCGCCCCUCAGUGUUGGUUCCUGCCUCGUGUCCAAUGCUGCCAAGUACCCUGCAACCCUGUAAUGGACUAAGAGAGUUCAUGAAGUGAUGGAUGAUCAUCCUGUAGUUCCAAAUACCCACUUGUUGAUCUGGAAAGUGCAAGGCCUGCUAUCGGUUACUCACUGCGUCAAGAGGCUCCCCCAAACAGUCAAGUGCUUUAAGUUUCGUGUCUUUUCAAUAACACAUCUUCAUUCUGCUUAUUUUAUAGCCCCUGCUUACUGAAGACCACAGACCGGGGGGGGGGGGGGUGAACACAGCACUCCUCUGAAAUCUUUAAAGUUCAGACUUUCUUUCUGCAAUGCAAUAUAGGUUUUUUUUUUUUGUUUUUUUUACAUCUAAUUUUAAUAUGAAAUGUUAAUAAAAAAUCUAUUUUUUUAUGUGAAAACAAAUGAAAAUUCUUUUUAGUGGAAAUAGUGAGUUACAAGUAUGCGCCACUUUUAUUUUUUAGCUCUACCAAUGUGUCCAGAGUGCUGCAAAGAGGAAUGCUUUAAUAAAACAGGAGUGAGCAGCAAAAGCCGAGGUCUGCACAGACUUAAUUGUAGCCCCGCCGGCAAACGGCUUCUCCAGAUUGUCUCUGCUAAUGGCUCUUUAUUAUUUCACUUGCACUAUGAACGAGAGGGCCACUUUGGUCACUGUUUCGGAGCACACUGCCGUCAUUUGAAGUAUACGCCAUGGCACUGCCGUGCAUCCAUUCUACCCUUAAACGCAUUGUAAUUGGCCUUGGGGGCAGAUCUGCACCUCACACCUUCGCCAUCGCCCGCCGCCCAGCAAACUGAGCACUUGACAGCAACACUGGAGCCGGGAUGCUGGAAGUGGAAACUCUCACUCCAAACUCUCACUUUUCUAUUUGUACAUAAGGUUUUUUUUGUUUUGUUUUUGUUUUUUUUGCUAAAGGAUCUUUUAUGUGGCAUUGUGGUUUUAAACCCCCCCACCCCCCCCACACAUACACCAAAAAUAAUAAAAAAAAUACCCUGCCGAAUUUCAGGAAAGUAACAAAAGUAAAGAUUCAUGAAAGCCGUGCUGCUGCAAUUAAGCAUUGAUCUUCCCAUUAGACAUAAGCGUCGUCCUUUUUGAUCAUUUUCUUUAAAGUGGAAAGGGAGGAACGAGGCAAACCCACCCACUGCAGUGUCGUUGGGGUCAGUUUUAGAUGCUGUGAAAAAUAAAAAAAAGGAAAAAAAUCCUGUUUUAAAGUGUAUUUGUUUAAAUUAAUUGUAAUGUAAUAUAUUCUUUGUUGAAUGUAGUAAUUAGGUAUUUAUGAAUAUAUUGCUGUAAUUUCCAACUAAAAAAAUACAAUAAAUAAAAUCUUGAAAAUGUU